AUGAAGGAGUGUUUUACGACUGUUCAAGCCUUUCAACUCCUGGAGAGUAAAAUUCGUCAUCAAUAUGCCAAACAAGCAUGCAUAAAUUGUAGAAAAUCAAAAACUAGAUGUUGUCAAGCUUUAGACAGUGAAAAACUCAGUCUGCCUACAGUCAAUCGAGGACUUAAAUGCGAGGAUUUUGUUGAUCAGAAAGACUUAAGUAUAUCGUCGUUGGCUUUCGACAACGAAAUCCAUGAAAUCCGUGAAAAUAUCGCGAAAUAUCCAGGAAAAUGCAUCCGAUGUAAAAAGCGUGGUGUUGAAUGUACCUAUACCAACAAGUUUAACAAAAGAGGUCCGAAGACGAGAAGUCCAAAAAUGUUAGUGGCAAAUCUUGUUCAAUAA